AUGGAGAGUGCAUCGAAUUCGGGCUACUCACCCGCCUUGCACGAACUCAACCCCCAGGAUCCGUACCUGUCGGUUUCGUCUGAUCCCGAGGAACUUGAUUUCCAGGCGAGCGCGAUCCGAUUGACGCCGCUAGGGGGUAGCCCGAGCUAUCACAGUUCCUCUCCGAACGGUGAAAAUGAAACAGUGGACGCUGACCCCACCAUCCAAACGAACCUCUGGGCCCCACAGGGGAAUUACUCUUAUCAGGGACCCGUUUCUAGUCCUUCUUCUCAUGCGGGCGGGUAUCUCGCCCCGUCGGACAUUGACCUGCGGGUAUCUAAAUGGCAGGAUCGAACCGACUCGCCAAAUGCUGACAUAGCUGUACCAACCGUCCAGGAGCAAUUAUGGCCAGAAUCCACAACCAAUUCCUCAUCAUGGCUCAAUCAAGAGCAAUCGAUUCCAAGUCCAUCCUCAAUGCAAGGACAUCCGCUGAUACAUAACAACUUGCUUAACCAAAGCUCAGCAAUGAACACUGCCCCGGGCUACGGAUCAGCUCAACUUACUGUCUCGACGGAGCAUGCCAUAAAGAACGAACCUUUGUCGGCCUCUACCGCCAGAGGUCGAAGUCCUCUUAGGAGCCCCAUUGGGAUUACGGUGUCAAGUGUGUCGCGGGGAGACUCACCGGUUGUGGAUUAUGGACAUAGCAGACGACCAAGCCGGUCGUCUAUGCAUCUUUCUCCGGGCGAUGCGUCCAGCGACGAAGACGAAGGUCAUGUUGACGAUGACCAUCGGUCGGUCUCAUCUAUCUCGGUCGCACGAACCAACAAUGGGAAAUGGAUUCGAAGUUCCACAACGGGCCAUGGAGGCCUUGAGCCCUCUUCCCGCGGCAAUGAAUAUGUACCAAGUCCGAAUGAGCUCAAAAGCCAGCGGGAACUAGAUAUAAAAAAACAAGAUAUCACUCUUUGGUCGGUUGAUGUGAGCGCUGCCAACAGUGAAGCUGGCGAUGAUGAAGCACCGGUUCCAGAUCGGCCCAACUAUCAUAAGAAGAAUAACAGACUACGAGCGAGAAGCACAGGAGAUCGUCCUCUCGAGCGAGUCGAUUAUUUCAAUUUGAAAUCCACGGCCCCUGGACCUGGUGUUCUGGUACAUGAAAGCGAGGAGGAAGAUGAGGAAGAUGAGGAAGAUGAAGACGACGAUGAUGCCAGUGUUAGAUCUGGCGCCACUGGAUCUGACUCUCUACCUGCUGACGCCAAUGAGCCUGGUCGUUAUGAUCAAUCAACUCCUGACGUGUUUCCCUCGCUCGAAUCGGCUGGCUCUACCGAGGACUUUCGGCUCCACCCCUGGCAGGAUCCUCUACGUGACCCAACGCCCAGGAUGGAAGCAGUGCAGCCAGGAAGCUCCACUGCAGCAAUGGUGGCUUUUGAGAAGCGAGCCAGGGACAUCGAGACUGCGUCGCUAGCAGCGACUAUAGACAAUAACAGUAUCAUCAAUGUCAGAUCAAACUUUGAGAGGAUGAGCCUUUCUGGUGAGCCAAAAACCAAGGAAGGCCGCGGGAGCAGCCUUUUGAAGUAUCCGUUCUUUCAUACCCCAUCAAUCUUGAAACGCCAAGCAUCCAACCUUUCAACAUCAAGCGUCAAUGCGAGUGCCCAACAGGCUAAGCCGGAGCCACAACCCCAGCGCAAAGAGAGCCAUUCACAUCGACAUAGAUUGAGUUUAUCAACAAAACAACAUAGUCGGUCUCCCAGUUUGACGAGCGCCCUGAUGUCUAUGACGGGACAAAUGGCAGCUAUUGGAGGUAACAAUGCAGUCCAUGCCGUCUCUCCAAAUACGGAGGUGAGCCCCAAGGGCCAACCAGUAAAAGCCCGUGGCCGGAGUAGAAGUGAGCUCCCAAGACCAACGACAACCACCCCUGGACUGAUGGAUCUCAUGACCUCUCACGGCGGCCCACCGGUGGCCAAUUUAUUGUUGUCACCUAGAAAUUCGACUGACAACGACCCAUUACCAGCCAACAAUGGGCCAUAUUUCGAUAAGAUUGUUGCUAAGGAUGAGGAGGAAGACGAAGACCAAUUGGAUGCAGCCGAAGACAAAGCACUUGUGAUGGAAUUUCCGCCGGUAUCAAGCCUGCCAGUGCCCACAUUUGAAGGAUUUAGGGCGCAGAUCAUGCUUCUCAACCCGAGGCUCCAACCGGCUCUGAUCCAGCGGUUUGCAAAUGAGCAAGUGCGACGGUAUAAGAAGCUAGUCGAGCUACAGCAGAAGCAUGCAGCUGCAAUCUCUAAUGGAAAAUGCAAGACGGGCCAAUUCUGUUUUGCUUUGGGGGGUGAGGCCACAUUGCUGGAACCACGGAAAACUUCAGCCUCGUCUGAGACUGGCCAAACCCAAUUCAGAAUCUCUAACAUGGGCCACGACCAAUCAUACCCAGGGGUGGAUGGAUCCUUUACCCCAGCUCAGUUCCCUCCCGGAGUGCCCAUUCCUCCCGUCAAUCGCCUUCCAGCUCAGUUUGAGUGCUGUAUUUGCUAUGAUGUGAAGAAGUUUCAAAAGCCUUCCGAUUGGUCCAAGCAUGUUCAAGAAGAUGUCCAGCCAUUUACGUGCAGCUUUCCUCAGUGUAAUGAGGUAAGGUCCUUCAAGCGUAAAGCCGACUGGGUUCGACAUGAGAAUGAGCUUCAUCGACAUCUGGAGUGGUGGACCUGCUCGUUCCAUGAAUGUAACCAUACCUGUUAUCGCAAGGACAAUUUUGUUCAACACUUGGUUCGUGAGCAUAAGAUGCCAGACCCUAAGGUGAAAAAAGGAAAGGGAACUGCAGCUGAAGGACACUCUGGCAACCGCGAACGAGACUUGGCCCAACUGUGGAAGCUGCUCGAGGACUGCAGGUUUGAGACGGAUAAAACUGCCCAGUCAGAGCCCUGCCGUUUUUGCGGAAACAUUCUUGGCAACUGGAAAAAGCUCACAGUGCAUUUGGGGAAACACAUGGAGCAGCUGGCUAUGCCUGUUCUGGAACUUGCGAAACAGCACAGCACAGCCCCUCUCCCUCCCAGUCAAGUGCCCCUGACAGGGGUCUCCAGUGGGGCUGCAGGAACAUACCCCCCUCUCUCGGCACCGUUUCACGGGCAUCUGGAAACGACAGGGGCGGCGACAAUGCCACCCCGAACGCAAUACACUGCUAGCAACUCUACUACGCCUGUCAAUCCUAACAUGUCUUACGAUAUGCCACUUCUUGGAUACCCUUCUAUCUCCGGUAGUGUGCUAUCUACAGAACCAGAGCCCAUGGCCGAAUCAUUCAAUGGCAAUGGUAAUGGUCAUGAGCAGUACAAUCCCGGGUACAACAAUGGCAUGGGCCAGUUUGAUCAAGCCACGCUCCACCCGCCAUCGGUCCAGACCCACCUGGCACAUCAUCAGAAUUCUGUGACGUACCCACCACCCUACAAUGCGGUCCACCGAUCAAGAACACCUGAGAACAAUGCUCCCCUCAUGCAAUCAUCGUACUCCCAGCUUCAACCUCAAAAUUCGGCUCUCUAUCCCGCCCAGGCAAGCUAUCCAGGAUAUCAAAAUGUUGCAUCCACAUCUCCGUAUGGUUCCAGCCCUUAUACGAACGACUAUUCGCAAAUGUGA